AAGUAUGGCUGCAACUCUGGAACCCCGUGAACGGGGAGGACCCAUACAAAAAUAUUGGGAAGAAGCGUCAACAAUUUCUCAAUUAGAAAGUGUUAAAGCAUGGCUCCUUAAAAAUGCCAAAAAGCAUGUUGCGAGUGACCCACCUACUGCGAAGUCCUUAUCUCAGCUUGUUCAGCAGUUUAUUCAACUCCAAGAGGAUAAUCUCGGAAAAGGAGCAAAAAAUCCGGCAUUCACCAGACUUCCGAUGUUCCUGUUCUACGAUCUUGCUCCUGGGGGCUCCCUCUGCCAUAUCCUCAGCGCUAUGUACAAGUUUAAGACCGAGCAGGGUUGGAGAAGGUUCGAUCUCCAAUCCUCAAGCAGGAAGGAUGCCAACAUACAAAUGUGUCAAAGGGUUGAGGAGUCGUUGAACCAGCAGAAGCUGUACAUCAGUCCUAUUGUCUUCAUCAAGGACAACGUCAAGGCUGCUGACAGGGAGAAGGCUAAGGAUAUAGUGAAGAAGAAAGGUGGAACUAUUACAGAAGAUGAAGAUGAAGCUACCCAUAUCCUUUUUCCCAAAGUAGAACUAAACAACGAACUAUACGCAAGACCCGUGUUUCGUCGAGGUGAUAAAUGCCUGAUUCAUUUUAUCAUGAUGCCGGACAGUCACGACAACUGGGGAGUUUGUUAUCCUGACAGUGAUACACCAGAGGCUCCUGAGGAGAGAGCUGAAGUGUACCUGGUAUCUGUGGACUGGGUCCUGGACUCCCAGCAGUACAACGAGUGGUUGAACGAGGAGGAUUAUGAACUAGAUGAGCACGGGAAAGUAAAGCCCUCAGAGACAGCUAUGACCUAUGACGAGUUCCAAACAAGCGAAGAGAAACCAGAAAAGAAGAAAAAGACCACUAAGAGGAAACGAAGCCCCAGCCCAGCCCCUAAAAGCCGGAAGUCUAAGGGCGGAGCUAAAUCUAAGAAGAGUAAAAAUGAUGAAGAGGAUGAAGAGGAUCUUACCGCUGACAUGGAGGACCCGGUUCCUGAAAAUUCUAUUUCUGAAGUUAAAACUGAAUCUCAACCAGCCAAAGGUAUUUUUCCAGUUCCAAGCUACAGUGCCUGGUUUGACUACAACAGCUUGCAUGCCGUAGAGAAACGGAAUCUUCCGGAAUUCUUCAACGGAAAGAAUAUGUCCAAGACACCUGAAAUAUAUUUAUCGUACAGGAACUUCAUGAUCGAUACAUACAGGCUAAACCCAACAGAGUACCUGACCUCUACAGCAUGCAGACGUAACCUAGCUGGAGAUGUGUGCGCGAUAAUGCGCGUGCACGCUUUCCUAGAGCAAUGGGGGCUCAUCAACUACCAGGUUGACAUUGAUGCCCGCCCUACAGCAAUGGGUCCUCCUCCCACCUCCCACUUCCAUAUACUCGCCGAUACACCCGCCGGUCUGGCUCCGGUCAACCCACCACGCACGCCACAACCAUCGGCGGCCAGAACUAUGCUAGAUUUGGACGGCCGGAGAGUAGACAAGCCGGACACUGACCGGAAGUCUGAAAUCGGCGGUGAUUUUGGUCUAAAAACUGAUAUCUAUGAUAAAAGAAACGCUGCUUUGAAACGUGCUUCUGCUGCGACAGCGAGUAGGGAUUGGACCCAGCAGGAAACCCUCCUACUCCUGGAGGCCCUAGAGAUGUUCAAGGAUGAUUGGAAUAAGGUUUGUGAACAUGUUGGCAGUCGAACCCAGGACGAAUGUAUUCUACAUUUCCUCCGUCUACCUAUAGAAGAUCCCUACCUCGAGGAUCCAGAGAGUGGAGGUGGAGCCCUUGGUCCCCUGGCAUACCAACCUAUCCCAUUUAGUGCUGCAGUAUAUACUCUCCAGGCUAAGCACCUGGCUGCAGUAGAAGAGCGUAAGAUCAAAUCUCUUGUCGCUCUUCUUGUCGAGACACAGAUGAAGAAACUUGAGAUCAAGCUCCGACACUUCGAGGAGUUAGAGACCAUCAUGGACAGGGAGAGGGAGGCCUUAGAGUACCAGAGACAGCAGCUCAUUCAGGAGCGUCAGCAAUUUCAUUUGGAGCAAUUGCGCGCAGCUGAAUUUCGAGCACGAACCACUGCACAAACACAGCUGAAUAAAGAGCAGCCAAUCAGCUCGUAGAUUCUAACCACGCAUUUGCAGCUUUAAAAAGCAGCCAAUCAGUAAUUAUUUAUGUACGAUGUGUAAUGUGUAUAUACUGGACCCUUAAAAUUGUACAACGAACAUUAUUCGAUCUUCUUACAUUAAUAUUCUUAAAACUAAAAGUUUGCAAAACCAUAUUAAACAAUUUUUUAAGUGCAUUAGUUUGCUGUUCAGUUUUUUAAACAUAUUUACCGUGUUUUUUUUUUAUGUAAUCAUGCUUUUUUCUUCAAAUAUAUUCACUGUCAAAUCAUGUGUAAAGUAAUCAGACGUUCAAAUAAAUUCUCAUUUAUAUU